AUGAUCUACUCCAGUGUCUCUGGCGUCUCCCCCGCCAGUUCUGGCUUCCUAUGCCUAGCAGACCAGCAGAAAGUGGAAUGGAACUCAAGGACGGUGUCCACACUUCAUGCCCUGGUAGUGGGGUUCUUUUGCCUCUACAUCCUGCUGUUUGACGACGCCGUCAAUGAAGACCCCGUCUGGGGAGAUCCCACACUUGUGAAGAUAAAUGUUGGCAUGACAACAGGCUACCUCAUAUCUGGUAAGAUUGGCACGGACACACUUUAGUCGCAUACACGCUGUCACCGUUCCUACAGGCUGUCUGUCACCGUUUCACCAGGCUGUCUUUCACUAUUCCUACAGGCUGUCUUUGGCUGUCUUUCACCGUUCCUACAGGCUGUCUUUCACCGUUCCUACUGGCUGUCUUUCACCGUUCCUACAGGCUGUCUUUCACCGUUCCACCAGGCUGUCUUUCACCGUUCCACCAGGCUGUC